AUCGCCCCGGACUAAACUUGCGCCUAUCUCGUGCACAUCUUGAACUCUCCAUCCCACCGCUCUUGCGUCAACGUUCGACGCAAAUUUCGAUACUCUGGCGCUUGGAUAACGGAUGGGUCAAAUGUUGCCCGUUUCUUGGAUCUCUGACUCUCUUAUCGGCGUUUGGGUUCUUCCAGCAUUCGUAUCUCCUCAUCUCUUCUCCUCUUUAUCAAUGCUUCAUGUUGGCCUCCCUUGCCGAGGCUAUAAUGAUACGACUUUUACGACCGUAACGGACACUUGCAUGUCAUGUCGAAGUUGCAUGGUGGAGCCGCCCGCCACGCUGUUGGUCGGUCUGGCUACGAAUAUUGGCGGGUUACGAAAGUUUUGUCUACUGUUUGGAUUUUUCGUCAAGGGUCGUUGUUGUCUUUUGUAUAGCCACGGUGAAACACAUUUAUAGGCGUUUUCGGCACAGGGCACGGCGUGGGUGAAAGGGCAAUAUAUUCGAUUCAGCGUUGGUAUGCUGCUGGCUUACUUUGCAUGAGUGAUGUAAAAAGUGCGUGAUGUGACUGCAUAAAAAUUUGUGAUCGCAAUUCGUUCGUCAUCGUGAUACGAGUCGUGGGACGAAGAUGGAGCU